AUGUCUGAACAAGGUGCUGGGAGGUAUUUUUGCUUCAUAAAGAACAAGGUGAGCUCAGACUGGAAGGACCUGGCUUGGUGUCUUGGGUUUGAGACACCGGACAUAGACAACAUUGAUGGCAAACACCGGGAUGACAAGUCUCGCUGUAUGGACCUGUUACAGCAAUGGUACAAGCGGGAGGGAAACGCUGCCACCAUACAUGUGCUGAUGGAGGCCCUACAAGUUGCAGAGCUACAACAUGUGGUGGACAAUCUCAAGGACAAAUAUCAUGAACAUCAAUUGCCCGUCCAAGACAACAAAAGGAAAAUUCCUCAAGGCCAGGAGGCUGGAGGGCCAAAAAAACGCUUCCAGACCAACUCAGUUCUCCCGCAACCAACUGCUAGGGUACAGGCUGGUAACAGUGAUGCUUUAAAGGAAGAGGUAAAGAUGCUGAAGGAGAAAAAUGACAAGCUAGAGAAAAUCAUCCUGGAACAGAACGAGAAAAUCCAGCAACUUCAGGAGACCAACAAGAACAUGGAGGCCAGGAUAGAGGAGCUCCUGACAGUCAAGCAACCAGCGGAGAGUUUAAGUCAACAGAAAUACCCCAUGUCAAGCAAGCAUUCCAUGGACAAGUCCAAGGGAACAAAGGCACAACAAGUCAAACAGCCAAAAAUGAAAGAUAUAGGUAUAAAUGUCAGGUCCAUUAGGGUAGGACAACCAUGGAUGAGGAAAGUCAGGUUUGGGGGAAGGGGAUCAGGUAGGGGGGAAUUUAAAUGGCCUUAUGGAGUAGCUGUCUCACAGGACAAUGAGGUUUACAUUGCUGAUAAAGGUAACAAAAGAAUUCAGGUGUUCACAAUGGAUGGUGCUUAUAUCAGAGAGUUCACAACAACAAUGCCAGGGGAAACUGGUGAAAAGCUUGAACCAAAUGAUGUUGCUGCAGAUAGAAAUGACAACCUGUGGGUGGUGGGUGAUGAUCAUGUAAAGCAGUAUUCCAGGCCUAGGGAAGGCACCUGUUUGGGCAAAAUGGAUUUUCUACCAGUUGAUUACCUCCAUAGCAUAACUGUAUCUAUGGCAACAAAACAGGUGAUUGUUACAGAGUAUGAUGGGAAGAAUGGUCGACUUCAAGUAUUCAAACAAGAUGGUUCUGAUGUGGGGAUGUAUGGAUUCUACUUCCAGGGCAUUUGUGUUGAUGGGAUGGGAAACAUCAUUGUGGCUGACAGUGGAAAUGGUUGUGUGAAAAUGUUUGACAGUCAGGGCAGAUUUCUGUGUCAUGUUGGAAGUGGUAUGGAGUAUCCCUGUAAUGUUGCUGUGUCACCAGGUGGAGAUGUGGUGGUGACUGAGUAUGGGAAUCACACCGCAUCAGUCUGGACACAGGGUUAUUAGUUGGACAUCACACUGCAAUGUUACAUACUGCCAAUCCAGAAACUGCUUUUUUGUGUGCAAAAAUGAUACUAACAUCAAACAUUAUAGAAGCAAAAAUCUUUACUACCUGUCUGCCUUGUGGGGGUGGGUACCGGUACAGAAAAUUCAUGUCCAGGUCUGGUUCAGGUCCAGAGGAUCAGGUCCAGGUCGGGACCUUAACCUGUACCUGAUUGUCCAUGAAGCUUGAAAACUUGUGAAUUGGCGUCAUACU